AUGGACACGGGUCAGGGCAGCCCGGAGAGCCCUAAUCGGGCUGUGGAGUACCUGUUGGAGCUCAACAACAUCAUCGAAAGCCAGCAGAAGUUGCUGGAAACGCAGCGGAGGCGCAUCGAGGAGCUGGAGGUGCAGCUGGACCGCCUCAACCAGGAGAACAAGGACCUCCGGCUGGACAGGCAGCCAUGUCCCCCACCACCACCACCACCGCCACUAGGGGCCUCCAACCAGACCCAUGGGCACCCUUCACAUGUACAGAACUCUGCUACUGUGUAUCCCAUCCAGAGCCACAACAGCGUGCCAGGUCCUAAUCCCACAUCUGUCCCGGUCCCUCCUCCCCCUCCUCCGCCCGUGCCUCCACGAGACCGCCGUAUCGUCAAUGCACACACGCGCCUCAGCCGUGGCCUGUCCACUGGGUCCAACCCAACAGAAAACGAGAGGGACAGAGAACGACACAGAGAGAGCGUCAGCACCAACACGGCUGCCAGUCUGCAGAGACAUGUGGAAGGGGAUCCUCACUGUGGGGACACAGGCAGUUUCUCAGACAGCUCCUGCAGUCAGGGCCCGUACCUGGGCAUUUCAGACCGAUACGGGAAGGCUACAGCAGAACCUCUGGGUUCCCAGGGACCUCCUGUGGCCCCUCCAAAUCCUGCAAGCCUGGCCUGGGCCCAGCGCACACGCCUCCAGCCUGCCAGCCUGGCUCUGCGUAAGCAGGAAGAGGAGGAGAACAAACGCUGCAAAGCACUCUCGGACAGCUAUGAGCUCUCCACAGACCUCCAGGAUAAGAAGGUGGAGAUGUUGGAGAAGAAAUAUGGUGGUUCCUUACUGAGCAGACGAGCAGCACGCACCAUCCAGACAGCUUUUCGGCAGUACCGCAUGAAUAAGAACUUCCAGCGGCUGCGUAGCUCCGCCUCAGAAAACCGCAUGACGCGCCGUAUUAUCCUCUCUAAUAUGCGCAUGCAGUACUCAUUUGAUGAGCGUCAGCCGCAGGUGCAGCCUCAAACCCCGCAACAACAGCAGCAGCUCUACCCUCCUCGCCAUCCCACGUCCCUGGCCAUGGCCGGCCAGCAAAGUUCGGCUGACACAGAGCAGGAGACAGAAUCACCUUCACACUGCCCUUCUGACCGGGAGGAUUAUUCACAUGGAGAUGAUGCCUUUACCAAACAAGUGACAUCACUGGCAGACUCCAUGGAUGACACUCUAACGUGUCAGUCUGGACGUGGCGACUCCCAGGAGGGUGAUGGUGGAGGCGAAGGUGAAGAUUUCAGUGAGUCGGGGACACUCGGGGGUAUGCAUGAGGACAGCACAGCCACAUCCUACAGUGACGUAACUCUCUACAUGGAAGACGGUGUGCCUUCGUCUCCACUUUCCAUGGAACGUGCACCCAGCAGCACUGACACUGAGUACUGGGGGUUAGGCGGCACAGGAGGAGGACGAGAGGACAGUCGUGAUGCUGAAGGUGGAGGCAGCAGCAACAGUCGGCGGAGCACACCAUGCACCGAGUGCCGUGAUCACCGGCUGCGUGGUGCCCACCUUCCUGUUCUAACUAUCGAGCCGCCCAGUGACAGUUCCGUGGACAUGAGUGACCGCUCAGACCGAGGCUCCCUCAGCAGGCAGCUGCUGUAUGAGCAGGAACCAGCAGGUGGAGGGGGAGGAGGUGGAGGUUCACCCCAGGGAACUCUCAAACACAACCCAGCCCAGGGCCAGACUCGCCCUAUCGGUCGCCCUAUUCCCUCCCCCCUCCCCACACACAUACCACCACACCCCCCGCUGACGCCACUCUCCUCCACCUCAUCAGCGCCGCUGCCCUCUACUGGCCUGGAGCCAUCCGAUGGCGACAACGACUCUCUUAACUCCACCACCAACUCCAAUGAGACUAUUAACUGCAGCUCAGGCUCAUCCUCCCGGGACAGCUUGAGGGAACCGCUACCCGCACUCACCAAGCAGACCUACCAGAGAGAGAGCCGCCACAGCUGGGACUCCCCUGCAUUUAACAACGACGUGGUGCAGAGAAGGCAGUACCGCAUUGGUCUCAACCUUUUCAACAAGAAGCCAGAGAAGGGCAUCCAGUACCUGAUAGAAAGGGGAUUUAUGUCAGACACACCAGUGGGCAUUGCACGCUUUAUCCUGGAAAGGAAAGGCUUGAGUCGUCAGAUGAUCGGGGAGUUCCUGGGCAACCGACAGAAGCAGUUCAACAAGGAUGUGCUGGAUUGUGUCCUGGAUGAGAUGGAUUUCUCUGGAAUGGAUCUGGAUGAUGCUCUGCGCAAGUUUCAGGCUCAGAUUAAGGUCCAAGGAGAAGCACAGAAAGUGGAGAGGCUGGUGGAAGCCUUCAGUCAGAGGUACUGUGUGUGUAACCCUGCAUUGGUACGGCAGUUCCAGAACCCUGACACCAUCUUCAUCCUGGCCUUCGCAAUCAUCCUUCUUAACACAGAUAUGUACAGCCCUAAUGUCAAACCAGAGAGGAAAAUGAAGCUGGAUGACUUUAUUAAGAACUUAAGAGGAGUGGAUAAUGGCCAGGAUAUCCCAAGGGACCUGUUGGUAGGAAUCUACCAUCGUAUUCAGAAGUGGGAGCUGAGGACCAAUGAUGAUCAUGUGUCUCAAGUGCAGGCUGUGGAGAGAGUGAUUGUAGGCAAAAAACCAGUGAGUUCAGAAAUCUUGCUUGUGCUCUCUCUACCCCACCGCAGACUAGUGUGCUGUUGCCAGCUUUAUGAGGUUCCUGAUCCUAACAGGCCACAGCGGAGUGGGGUUCAUCAGAGAGAAGUCUUUCUCUUUAAUGACCUAUUGGUGGUCACAAAGAUCUUCCAGAAGAAGAAGACAUCAGUGACAUAUAGUUUCAGACAGUCUUUUCCUCUAGUGGAGAUGCAGGUUCACAUGUUCCAAAACUCCUACUAUCCUCAUGGUAUUCGGUUAACCUCAGCCAUCCCAGGAGGGGAGCGUAAGGUCCUGAUUGUCUUCACAGCUCCGAGUCAGCAAGAUCGGACACGUUUUGUCAGUGACCUGAGAGAGAGCAUUGCUGAAGUGCAAGAUAUGGAAAAAUAUCGAGUAGAGUCGGAGCUGGAGAAGCAGAAAGGCAUUAUGCGGCCUGGACUCAUGAGUGGAGAUGUAAGUGGUGGGGUGGAUGGCGUAAAGACCGAGGCAGUGAACGGCACUCUGGGUCGGCCCAGCCUCGAUGACACGUAUGCCACAGGGGAUGGGCUUAAGCGCACAGCUCUCAGCUCAUCACUCAGAGAUCUCUCAGAGACCGGAAAGCGAGGUCGCAGAAACAGUGUGGGAUCUUUGGAUAGUACCAUUGAAGGAUCCAUCAUUAACAGCCCACGGCCUCACCAGCGUCUGCCUAUGGGGGGCGCUGUUCCCAGCUGCUAUGGGCUGGAAGACUACCGGCCUCACCGCCCCAUCCUGAGCCCCGGAAUAGGGGUGGGGGGUGGGCCGGGGCAAUUACACAACGCCGUAGGGAACGCUGGGGCAGGAGUGCUCCCCAACACCUGCGACCGAGGAUCCGGAGGGGGCAACUCCGGCUCCUUCCUGGGUUCUCUGUUUGGCAGCAAGCGUGCCAAACCCCCAGCCCCACUUAUUCCCCCAGGGCCGCCUUACCCUGCUCCCGUGGCCCCACCUACUACCGGGGGCCCGCCUCCUCCCUCACCUUCCUCCCUCAGUCAGUCCGACUUCGGCGGGCCUUCCAAGAUCCAGGCGCUACACGCACAGUACUGCCACAACAAUAUUGGCCUACCUCCACCUCCAUACCACCACCAUCAGCACCACCGUUACCACGCACAGCUCUCAGCCGCUGGCCAGCCACACAAUAUGCAUCACACUUUGCAGCGCAGCUCACUUCCCCGCCGCAGUUCACCCCUACCCUCCCACGCUCCACUUCAGCAGCAGCACUCCCAUCAUGCCGUGCAUCAGCAUGGCCGCCAUUCCAGCGUGGGCUGCACCCCUCCACCACUGUCUCCUCACUCACCACAUUCACCCAUCAACCCAUUCAGCUUCUUUCACACUCAUGUCCCACUGCCACAUCCCGCCAAGCUGCCACUGACUCUGUCUCACUCCCAGCCCAACCCCCACCCUCACGGCCACUCCCACGCUCUCUCUCAUACCCACAGUCACACCGGCCACAUACACAGUCCCCAUCCACUACUGCAUCAUUCCAUCCAUCAACCUCACUUUGUGUUCGCCCCACCUCCACAAGCCCCCUCCACCAUCACAGCGCGUCACGUGCCACAGGCCCCCACACACUACCUGCCUCAGUACCCGCCCCUGUCCUCCAUCCCGCCUCCUCCGCCGCACUCGCCUUUACCCCCUCCUACCUCCCCCCUCACCCCUCUUACACCGCUUACACCUCUCUCACCGCUGCCACCACAAGUGGUCAACCAGGGGCCCGGAGCAGGAAGCACAGGGGGCAGCGCCAGCACAAGCGGCAGCUCCAAGUCAAAGCCCAUCAGCCGCAUCAGUACAGUGGUGUGA